CGUUACCCAGCCCCAAAAAUUCGGCGUCCGCGCAAGCCGACGCCCAAACGGCCAAACCAAACCCCGCCGCGGUGCCAGCCCUAUCAAAAAGAAGUACCUGCCCCUACCGGAAAGCGACCGCCCUCUCCAGGCUCUCCUUCCCCAGCUCCCCCCCCCCCCCCACCACGCGGCGGCGGCGGCGCGUGCUGUCACGACACUCCGGCGGCUGGUUCGCCGGCAGUGGUGGCGAGGGCCAUGUUGGCGGCGGCGCGGGGCCGGCGGCGUUGCCGCGGGGCGGUGCUGCUGCUGCUCCUCGCGUCGGUCCUCGCGCCCCUCGUGCUCUACGGCGGCUCCCCCGUCUCGGUCUCCCAGCUCCCGGACUCCACCGUGGUGAGCGGCGCGUUCGAUGGGGAGGACGCGUCCAAUCUUGUGUGGCCGCAGAUGGCUGCGUCUGAGGUGUCUCUGACCAAAGAUUUGACAAUUGAGAGGCUAGGGGAGCACAAAAACCGGGUGCUGUCGGCAACUGAUCACUGGCAAGUGGUUGAGGCAGCGAGUAGGAGCCGUGCGUCUGGAAAGUCUGAUGCUAGUGUAGUGAGGGAGGAGUAUGAGUCACGGAAUGUAGACGAGGAAGACAACCCGGUUGUUGUGGGGAAUGAUAACGCUCAGUUGGAACAUGAUGGCAUGAUCAAAGAGGUUGUUGGAAGGGAGAGAAGGGAAUAUGUAUCUGAUAAACUAGGGGAUAUUGAGGAGGCUGAAUUGCAGAACGGAAAAGGUGGCGGUACAGAGUUACCACAUGCAAUUGAUGUAGAGCACAAGAAUGGGUCAGAUGAAGCAGGACGGAACAACAUUUCUGGAAUGCACACUACUGGGAAUCUUAAUUCAUCUUCUAAUGAGGAAAGCACUGCUCGUGGAUUACCUGGACAAGUUAGAGAUGCUACCCCCAGAGAGUAUCAAACAAGGGCAACUAAUAGUAAUGCUGCUCUUCAUGCAACAAAUAGUAGUGCCGCUCAGUCCGCAACGUUGCCGGAUGCUACAAUCCGCAUUAUCAAGGACCAGUUGAGAAGAGCAAAGACAUAUCUUGGAUUUGUUGCUUCUAGAGGCAAUCAUGGCUUCGCAAGGGAGCUCCGUGCACGGAUGAUGGAUAUACAACGAGCACUAGGUGAUGCGACCAGUGAUCGGCAGCUACCUCAGAAUGUCCACAACAAAAUUAGAGAAAUGGAGCAGACACUGGUGAAGGUCAGGAAAAUUCAUGAUAGUUGCUCAGGUGCUGUGAACAGGUUCCGUACAGCCCUUCACUCAACUGAGCAGCAACUCCAAUCUCACAAAAGACAAACCAACUAUCUAGCUCAAAUAGCAGCAAAAUCUCUACCCAAGGGUCUCCAUUGUCUUACGCUGCGGCUUACAAAUGAGUAUUAUUCCACCAACUCGAAGAAUAAGAAUUUUCCAUAUAUGGAUAAGUUGGAAGACCCCAAACUCUAUCACUAUGCUUUGUUUUCAGAUAAUGUAUUGGCUGCUGCAGUGGUUGUUAACUCCACUCUUGUUCAUGCUAAGAAACCAGAAAACCAUAUCUUCCACAUUGUGACGGAUAGGCUUAACUAUGCUGCAAUGAAAAUGUGGUUCUUGUCUAAUCCCUUGGGUGAAGCUGCUAUUCAGGUUCAGAAUAUUGAAGACUUUACAUGGUUAAAUUCGAGCUACAGCCCAGUUCUGAAGCAGCUAGAAUCCCGGUUUAUGAUUGAUUACUACUUCAGGAGUGUGCAGGCUAGACCUGACGAAAAUCCCAAGUUUCGGAACCCCAAGUAUCUGUCAAUUCUCAAUCAUCUGAGAUUCUAUCUCCCUGAGAUCUUUCCAAAGCUUAACAAGGUGCUAUUUCUAGAUGAUGAUACUGUAGUGCAGCGGGACCUAAGUGCACUUUGGUUGAUAGAUCUCAAAGGCAAGGUUAAUGGUGCUGUUGAGACCUGUAGAGAGACAUUCCAUAGGUUUGAUAAGUACCUCAACUUCUCAAAUCCUCUUAUUGACAAAAACUUUGAUCCACAUGCAUGCGGCUGGGCAUAUGGCAUGAACAUGUUUGAUUUGUCUGAGUGGAGAAAGCAAAACAUCACUGAGGUCUACCACACCUGGCAGAAGCUGAAUGAAAACAGGCUAUUAUGGAAGCUAGGUACCCUCCCUGCUGGUCUUGUAACAUUUUGGAACCGUACGUUCCCUCUUGAUCGUUCGUGGCAUCAGUUAGGACUUGGCUACAACCCAAAUGUCAACGAAAAGGAUAUCAGGCGUGCGUCUGUGAUCCACUACAAUGGAAAUCUGAAACCCUGGCUUGAUAUUGGAUUGCCCAAAUACCGCAAGUACUGGUCAACAUACGUCAAUUUCGAUCAAACAUUUCUACGGGAGUGCAAUAUGAAUCCCUGAACGGCUAGUGGUCUAUGAUUAAUUAUUCUUUUUAUUUGUUAGAUCAAUUCUUUGUGCUCUAGGUAUUUUAAGUUGUCUAGAGCUCUUAUUCUUUUUAACUGAUCUCUUUCCUCAUGUUAAGGCACCUGCAAGUUAGUGGUAGACUUAGAUCAUAAAAACAGUUAGGAGCCUCGAAGAUGUAUUACAUUUUUGUACUUAUGCUAAUAUACUAGUUAGUUAUUGAUUAUAUGAAUGGAACGCUAUGUAAAAAAAAAAAUCUCUUACAAAUAAGAAAGUUUGCUCCCCUU